GCUAUAAGCAUGGCUCUAACUCAAGAAGAAGUAAACAAAAAUGGCGGUUUACUUUUCUGCACGGAUUUGCAAGUGAAAAUUGCGCACUCUUUAAAUUGUUUUUAAAACGUGUUUGUUAAUCCUGUUGGUUGAAAACUUUUGUGAAAUCCAUAUACGACGGUUUUGGUUGAUCUUCUACCGGGGCUGUGUUUUCAUCUCCGUCUGCUCCAUUACUACUUAAAGCCACCGAAUGGAUCGUAUUCUUCUGUAACUUGCGUUGAGAAAAUUACAUUUAGUGUUGGCUAGAGGUGCCGUAAAAUUCGUAUGAUUGCAAGGUGCAAUGGCCACUCAAAGAGUCCUUCCUCAAAGCAAAGAAACUCUGUUACAAAAUUACAACAAACGUCUGAAAGAUGACAUCAAGUCUAUCCUCGAUAACUUCACCGAAAUCAUCAAAACGGCAAAGAUUGAGGAGGAGACCCAGGUUUCUCGACCUACCCAAGCAGAGCAAGACCACUAUGAAAUGCACGUUAGAGCGGCCAACAUUGUUCGAGCUGGAGAAUCCCUGAUGAAGUUGGUGUCCGACCUGAAACAGUUUUUGAUUUUGAACGAUUUUCCCUCCGUGAAUGACGCUAUCAGCCUUCAGAACCAACAGCUUCGCUCACUGCAAGACGAGUGUGACAAGAAACUCACAUCCCUCAGAGAUGAAAUCGCCAUUGACCUUUAUGAGCUAGAGGAAGAAUAUUACUCCUCCAGCUACAGUCUGUGGGACAACUCAGAUGUGCCCCUUUGUGAGGCCUACCGUCGCCCGGACAGUUGGAUGUCCCCAGACAGUAGCUGUAGUUCUCCAUCCGAGGACAGAGAGGACACUGAUGGGCCUCUUGCACCUGGGACAAACCCUCAACACCACCUCAAUGGACACAGCACCACCACAUCUGAAAAGCCUUGAUAAAUUGUUCAGGGCAUUGUUUACAUUUGUAUUUUGUAUAAAGAAUCACUAAUGUUAGUUUUGUAAGAUGGACAUACAGCAAUUAUGAAACUCAUUUAAAUUAGUGAUGAUACAAACACGGAUAUGUGCUUCAUGUUUUUGUGCAAAAGAAACUUUUUUUUAAUAAAGGUUAUAUUAGGAAAGACAUUUAUCCAGCUCAAUUUCAAACAUGAACAAUUACAACAUUACAGGUCACAAUCCUAAUUAGUAAAACUAAAAAAUGUAAUUCAGUAAGCUAUUUUACUAUUUAAACACAACACAUUAAAAUAUUCAACUUAUUACUGUCCUAUUUGCAAGUUGUAACUUUGAGCCGAUCAAUAUCGACGAUUCAUUUUCUUAAACUUCUCAUAAUGGUAGUCAUCUGUGGCCUUUUCAUUGUUGGGACGUUUGCGAACAUUGGGUGGUGAGGGUGCUGUUGGACGUUAAUGGAAUAUUGUUACACGAAAUUUUAUACAAUAACAUUGAAUUUAAAAUGCAUAUUUUUUUUACCCUCUGGGCCUGGUUUUUCUGUGUCUCCCACACGCAGUGGUCUUGGUUUAGGUUCCUCUUUGUGUCUGUUGUUAUGUCUUUGGGGAGCAUUCACAUCCUCGUGAUAAACUAGGCAAAACCAUCAAUGGCAAGUAGAAGUUAAUAAGAUAAAAAUUACUGAGUGAAACAAAUGUAGAUGAUCACUCACAGCGAUUGUGUUGGACAUAAUUAACAGCAAUGUUUGUGGGCACAAAUGACGUUCCCAGGUCUUUUUUCUUAUUUCUUUGCUCUGCCAACAACUUAGCUUUUGCCUCUUCUGUUUGAAUAAUGUUCUUGAUUUUUGCACUGAAAGAAUAUGAAUUAUUACUACUGCUUCACGACAAAAUAUCAGAACAUCGGUGUGAAGUUUACACUUACUCGAUGCCUAAGUCAACUUCAGGGAUCCCACUCAGCAUCUGAUUGGACAACAUCUCUUCUGUUUUCUUGGCAGAAUUUACUCUGAUAUUCUCCGGCAGUUCAUACAAGUGAUCUUCUGCGUUUUUCACUUUCACCUUCUGUUCCUCAUCUUCCACCAAACCUUUUUUCUUUUUCAACUCUGUCUCAAUGUAUUUCAUCCUGAUAACAAUCAUUAACAUGUAUACCACGCAGUAAAUGUAUUAUGUAUAAAACAUGGGAUCUGUCAAAAAUAUGUAGAUUAUGUAAUAAAAGUCUUACAUGUCAGCA